AUGAAACUCGAAAAUGAAUCCCCUACAGAUAAGCAGAUUUAUAACAAUAAUUUGAUGGAUCAUUCCUAUGAUAGUAUGACUAUGAAUAGUAAAGAUAUGAAUUCUAAUAAUAAUAGUGAUAUUUCUAACAAUGGUAUUUUUGUAAAUCAUAAAAUAUUUUUUUUUGAGAAUAGUAAAGAUGAUCUUCACAAAAUAGAAAAAGAAGAAAUUCAAAAUGAGUCAGAUUUAGAUAAUGUGAAAAAUAAUGAAUUUCCAAAUUUAAUAAGUGAGGAAAAAAAAAAACUUUUUUAUAAAAAAGUGGAUGAAAUAUUAAAUAUGAAUAAUUCAAAUGAUGAUGAAUGGAUAAAAAGCGAAAAUGAAAAAUCGAGCUUAAAUAGCAUUAUUAUUGAAAAACAUGAGUAUGCUAAAAAAAUAAAACCAAAAAACGUUGAACCCUGUUAUGUUAAAAUGAAGAAUAAAAAAAAAAAAUAUAUAGACAAAAAUAUGUUUAAUGAAUCUUUUUGGGAUAUUCAAGAUAAUGAACUUCAUAAAAUUUUAAAAAAAAAUAAAUAUGAAUACACUAAAAUGAAUUUUACUAUGGAUAAUGCAUUUUAUAAAUAUUUAUAUAUGUGUAAAAAAAAGCAGCAGAAAAAAAUUAUUGCAAAUAGAAACAAAAUUUCCAAAAUCAAUGAAGUUUGUCAAUCGAAUAAAAUAAAUGAUUCUAAUUUGAUUUCACCUUUGGGCAGCAAUAAAUAUCAGACAGAAUUUAGUAAUCAUGUUAUAUUGGUAGAUGCAGAAAAUGUAGAAAAAAAUAAUAGUUGGGUAAAUGAUAGUAAUGAAUCAAAUAUCUUUAGUGAGGAAUUGAUCCCAGAAACUGAACAACCAGAAAAUAACGAACUCGAAUUAUCUAAGGAUAUAAACUUUUUGUAUAUAGAAUAUUUUAUUAGAAGUAAAAAAAUAAUAAAUUUAAGAAAUAUAUAUAAAUAUAUAUAUAAUAAAAGAAAUAGAUUUUAUUUAAAAGCUUUAGUAUAUAAAAAUGUAUACAUUUUGAAUUGUAACAAGGAGGUUAAUAAAACAUAUAAUAAUUUUGCAAGCAAAAACCAAACUAUCAGCAAAUAUUGUAUAAAUAACAAUUUUUUAUGUAUAGCAAUGAAUAGUAAUGAAAUAAUUGUUUUUAGUCUAAAAGGCUUAGAAUUAAAUAGUAGAAUAUUUUGUAAAGGUAAUCAUCAAGAUGAUGUUAAAAUUAAAGAAUUUCUAAGCACAUUAGUUCCAAAUGAAUACGAACAAAAUUGUAUGAAAAUAAAUUUUAAUUAUUAUGAAAGCUCUUAUUGUAUUAUUAAAAAUGAUAUGAUAAAGGAUAUAAGAAAUAUAGAUAUUAACAAUUUGAAUAAGUUAUGUAUAUGUACAGACGAUUCUUUACAUAUAUACGAAAUAGUAACUCUGGAAAAUUAUGUUAUAAAAUAUAAAUAUAUCCAUAGUUAUAAUGAAAAACCAAACAGUUUAUUAACAAAUAAUAAAAUAUGGCUAGCCUAUUUAAUAAAUGAUAAAAAAUUCAUAUAUUUUACAUAUUUUAAUAUUAUAUAUAUGAAUAAAAAUAGUAAAAUGUUUAAUAAUAAUAUCUAUACUAUUUCCAAAGAUAUCAAAUUUAAAUACAGAUUGUUAAAUGUUCAAAUUCAUAAACAAUUUUUAUUUUCUUCUUAUAACAAUAAAGUGACUGUUUUAAAGGAUGAAAAACUUUUCUUUGUCAUAAAGUUUGAUGAAACUGGUGAAAUUAUACAGACAAAAAAUGAUAAAUCAGAAAAUUUUGAAAAAAAAAUCGGAGAUAAUGUGAAUUAUAAGAAAGUUGCACAUACUUCUACUAAUCCUUUUAAAGACAAAGAUGUGAUAAACUUAGAAAAUGACGAAAAUAUUAAGAAUGUUUCUGAUAAUAAUAUUGAUAAAAAAAAAAAAGAGGCAUGUUUUGAAUCCGAAAAAAAAAAAAUAAAAUUUAUACCCUUUCUAUCUAUAUUAGAAUGGGAAAAUUAUUUUUGUGCAGGAUAUGUAAAUAAGCUUAUUAUUUUUGAAUAUUCUUCAUCAAAAGUUCAAAUAAAAAAAAAAAUUAUUUUAAAACAUAAUAUAUAUUAUUUAAAUCAUAGUGUUAACAAUAUAUUAAUCAUAUAUGACAAAACAUAUAUAUAUAUUUAUCAAAUAUUUAGUAUAGAUAUGGAAAUAUCUUUAUUUCAAAUAUUUUGUAAAACUUAUGCCAAAAUUCAAAGUUAUACAAUUUUAGAAGAAGACAAUAUAUAUGAAUCAUUUAGUAGUUCUAUAAAAUGCUCUAUUAAAAAUAUAAAAAUAAAUAGAACAGAUAAAAUAGCUCGAUUUGUUUUUCCAUUAUUCAAUGGGCCUAACAAUAAUGGUGAAAAUAAUUAUGACGAAAAAAAGAAGAUUGAUGAAUAUGUCCACUGUUCAAAACUUGGAAGCAACGCAAACAACUUUUAUGUUAACCUUAUAUAUCUAUAUAUUCUUAAUAAUAAUAAAGUAGAUAUUAUAGUUUUAAAUUCCUUGAUAUAUUUGAUUUAUCUUUUUUUUUAUCACAAAAAAUAUGACUCCCUUCUUAUUUUGAUUCUGUACAUUUACAACGGGAAUAUUCCCGCAUUGGUCGAUCUUCCACUAAGAGAGGAAGAGCGAAAAAACAAAAUAAAGAAACUUCUUUUUUUAUUUUUUGAAAUGAAUAUGAAAAGCAUAAUCGAGGGGAGCUAUGGAAGUAGCAUCACAUCUAACAUUUGUAAAGACAAACUUAUUCAAAAUAGUGAAGACAGUUAUGAAUCAAAUAGUAUUUUUGAAAGACAUAAAAAGGAUGGUUUUUCCUCUGAUUCAUUAACAUAUGAGUUUGGUUAUGAUUCUAAAUAUACAUCUAACGAAUAUCCAGAUAAAGAAUACAACUAUGAAAAAAUAAGAGAAGUAGAAUCGGAAUAUAGUGAAUAUAUACCGGAUGAAAAAAUAUACAUAAAAAAUGAAGUAGUUAAUAAAUUAUAUAUUGAAGAACUUUUAAAAUUAUGUAGAUUAGCAAUAGAAUUAAGUAUAAAAUUUAAUAUAAAUUUAUAUGAAUAUAUAUUUAAUUUAUUUAAAAUGUAUAAUAUUGAAAACAUAUAUUUUUAUUUGUGUGAAUGUUAUAUUAUAAAUAAGCAAAUAUGUUUUACUCAUCAUAACUUAAUACAGAAUUUUAUUGAACAUUUCAGAAAAUUUUACAAAAUAUGUUUAUUUUACAAUGAUAUUUGUUAUGAUUUAUUUUUAUUUUUUUGUAAUUAUGUAAGUGGUAAAUGGAUUGAAAAUAAUAAUAACAACAGAGAUGAUAAUAAAUUUACAAAAUGGAAAUAUAUAAAUAAAUAUAUAUAUUUUUUUAAAUUAAAAAAAACAAAUUAUAAACAUAUGAUUAAACAGAAUGGUGAUAAACCAAGCGAAGAAAAAAACAUAACGUUAUAUGCAGAUUUUGAGAAAUAUUUUUGUUAUAAAUAUUUAAAUAUAUGGAAAGGUUUGAGACAUAUUAAAAAGAUAUAUUCAUUUAUUUGUCUAACAAAUAAAUUUUGUAAAAUUUUUGAAAAUAUUAAUUUAGAAAAUGUAAUAGAAAGUAUCAUAUCUUUAUUACCUGUUCAUAUAUCUUCAUUUCUAUAUAGCAGACAUAAUGAUGAUAAAAUUACAAAUUGUGAAUUUUUUUUAUCAUAUAUAAUUAGAAAAAAAAAUAAUUUUUUUUACAAAUUUUGUAAUAAUAAUAAUAUUAAUAAUGUAGAUUUCCCUAUAUAUAUUCCAUCAUAUAUAUAUAUAAACUUUUAUCAAACAUAUUUUUUAUUUGAUUAUGUAUAUUCAGUGAUAUUCAAAAUUCCAUUUUCUUUAUCUAUUAAUAGAUAUGAGAUAAAAAAUCAUGAAAUAAAUUUUUGGAUAUUUUUAAAAUUAGAAGAAGAUAGAAAUAUUUACAACAAUUUUGAUAUUAACAAUUUACAAAACUAUUUUAGUGUUUUUUUUAUAUAUUCUAAAUUCUUUUUAUCAUAUAAAAAUUCAUAUUUCCAUUCUAGUAUAAAUCAAAAUAUUAUAUUGUUUAUUAAUCAUUUAUGCCGAAGAUGUAGUGAUUUUAGGGAAGCGAUGUCUUAUUCUCAAAUCCAUAUUAAAGAAAACAAAUUCAUGGAUGUUUUUUUAUGGAAAUCAGAUUAUUUAUUAGUAAACAAAAGCAUGAACUCACAUCGAACUGAAAAACUUUUAAAUAAUAAAAAUUUAAUAAAUAAUGAAUAUCAAGAAAAUGAAAUAUAUAAAACCAAUUGUAAUGUGAAUUUAAAUUAUUUUUUUAAUUUAGACAAAAAUGGAAUUUUUUUACUUUUUCAAUUAUCACUACCCGAUUGCUUUUAUAUUAUUAAUAAUAUGUUUUAUUAUUAUAAUAUGAGUAAUGAAGAAAAUCUUAUAAAUAAUUUUGUUCAUAAUAUUUGCGAUUUUUAUAUCCAUUUAAUUUCUACACUAAUAUAUUACACAAAUAAUUUAAAAGCUAUAUUGAAAAAUAGUUUCGGUUCAGAAAUUUGUGACGAUUUUGUAAAAAAUAUUUUUUAUGGAAUAAAACAAUCAAAAGGAGGGUUCUUUAAAAUAAAAUUGUUUAUACUAAAAUUUUUUCAUUAUAUUUCUUCAGAAAAAAAUUAUAUCAUAAGUUUGAAUAUUCAAAAUAUAGUUACAUGGAUUAUAUUACAAAUAUAUUUUAUAAAAAGAGAGAUAUAUAAGAUUGCCAAUUGUUUAACAUAUAUGCUGAUACUUUUUUUUAUUUUUGCAAAAGAUGAAAUAUUUUUUGAAUACAAGUUAAAUAUCUAUUUUAUCAAUUUUUUAUUCCAAUAUUAUUCUUUUCUAAAUGAUGUUAAAAAUCAGAACAAAUUACGAACCCACAUAAGAAUGUACAGAAAAAGAUGUGAUCAACAAUUUUUCUAUUACAAUGCACAAAAUUGCAAAGAUGAAAAGAAAACAUCUUUUAUGAGUUACGUUUCUCUUUUUUUUGUUAAAAAUAAAAAUAUGUUUAUAAAAAAAAAUCAAAUAAUUAAGGAUAAUGAUCUAGGUUUUGAGAAAAAUACUUAUACUUGUGACUUAGUUCAAUAUGUUAUUUUCCGAAUAUAUAAUAUUGACCUAUUUAAUAUUUUUGGGGAUAUAACACUUGAAUUGAAUAGAUGUAAAAAAGAAUCUAAUACACACAUAGCUAGCUGUUAUUGUGAAGAUGAUGAAAAUAAAUCUAAAACAACAACAAAGCAUUUAACAAAAGAUGAUAAUAAUUUUUAUUUUAAAGACAGAAAAGAAACUAUAUUUAAAAACCGAGGUUGUGAUUUUAACAACUUUUUUCGUACCAAUAAUAAAAAUAAAAAGAUACGAAAAAAAAAAAAUAACAAUGGUGGAAAUAUAUUUAAUAUGAACAAUUAUAAGAAAAACUUGAAAUAUAUUUUAUUGUUAUAUGUUAAAAAAUUAAUAUUUAUUCGAGAUGAAGAAAAUAGAAAAACAAAUAAAAGUAGUUCAAAAGAUUGCCAGAAAAAAAAUAAAAAACGUGAUAUAAAUAAUUUAUUAAAAUAUAUUGCAUUUUUUAGCUAUAUAAAAAAAAAAAAAUAUAAGAACAUUUAUUUAGUUAUAUUAGAUUAUUUUUGUUAUUAUAAUCCAAUAUUAGAAUAUUAUAAAAAUCAAAAUGAUUUGACUAAAUUAUAUGAAUAUGCUUAUUAUAAAAUAUAUUAUUUUUAUAAUGAAAAAUGUGUGAAAAAAAAAUUAUAUGGUUAUAUUUUUUAUAGAGAUUUAUUUAAGCAUAUACACAUUUUUAAAGAUAACUUUUGCUAUUACAUAUUAAAUAGUUAUUUUUAUUUUAACAAAAAAACUAUAUUUUUGUUAGAAAAGAAAAUGAAGAAAAAGUAUAGAGAAAUUGAAAUUGUAAAACAAAGUAAUAUAAUAGCAAAUAAUACUAAAUCAGAUAUUAUAAACAGAGUUGAUGAAAGUGAAUUGCUCAAAACGUAUGAACAUAACAAUGAAGCAGAAGAAAAACAGACAAAACUCGAAAAAGAAACAUAUAAAUAUUAUGAAUUAAAUGAUAAAAGAAGUGAUAAUAGUGAUGAUUUUAUAGGGAAACAUAUUAUAAAACUGUGGAAAACUUUUGUAAAAAAAUUAAUUUAUUGUAAUAAUUUUUCUGACCAAUUAAAACAACGGGCAUAUUUUUUAUUAAUAUAUAAAUGUAAUAUGCCUUAUGCUAUAAAAAAAUAUGUAUAUAAAAAAAUUUUUAGUAAAUAUUUAAAUCUUCUUUGUAUGUACAAUAAAGAAAAGGUAUAUAAAUUUGUGAAAUAUAUUCGAGCAGAACUUUAUCAAUCUAUAUAUAUAAAAUACAAAAUUAUUAAUGUUAUUCUUUAUAUAUAUGAAAAUAGUGGAGAUUUUAUAAAAAUUACAGAUUUAUGCUUAAAAGAAAUAAAACAUAAAAUUUUAAGCAUAUUCUCGGUUUUUAAUAUAAAAAAUGAAUAUGAGUUUUCAAAAAAUAUUAAUUAUGAUGAUAUAUAUGCAAUAAAUUUUUCUAAAAAAAUUGAUAUAUAUAAUUUUUAUUCUAUGCCUUUUAAAAAAAAUGUAUUAAAAAAAUUGGGGCUCAAAAAAAAAGAAAAUACACACACACAAUUAGGGGAGAAAGAUAUUUUUAUGAACAAUCUAUUCAAAGAAAUAAAUUAUGAACAUGGUCAGAAUUUUUAUUAUUAUUAUUUUGUUGGAAAAAAACAGGCUCAUAAAGUACAAAAAUUACAUGAUGAGAACCCCCAAAAAAAUGAUAUAGCGAAUGUAGACAGGGAUAAUAGUAAAUAUUUUGAGAAUAUACCUGGUAAUAUAAAACAAAAGCCUCAAAAAAAAUCCAUGAAUAGUGGAAAUAACAAAUUAAGUAAUAAUAGUGAUAAUAAUGACGGUGUAGAGAUAAAAAGAAAAGAUGAUAGCGAAAAAAUAUAUAUGAAGUAUUUGAUAAAAUCACAAAAAAAUAAAAAUAUAGUUGAUUUGAUGAAAUGCUAUUGGAUAUAUAAUACAGAAGAAUAUAACCUAAUAUUCUUAUAUAUAUACAUGCUGACAUUUAUUUUGAAGAGAAACAAACAUAAGAAUAACAAGCUAAAUGAGUAUAUAAUAUUUCAUAUAAUUAAUGAAUGCCUAAAAAAUAUUAUAGAAAUUUCUGAACAAGUCAUAAAAAAAGAGCAAAAUCAAAAUAAAAUGGAUUUUUUUAGCUACCUGUUUGAGCAAAUUUUACUUUUUGUUAUUAACAUAAAUUCCCAUGUACAUACACAAAAAAUAUGCAAAAAAUUGCUAUAUAAGUAUAAAAAUCAUCAAAUAAAAUUAAUUAAGUUACCUUUAAUUGCUAUUUUAAAAAAAAUGAUUGAUGAACAUACAUUUUUUAAUGACAAUUGUCAAAUAGCCGAGAAUAAAAUAAAAGAACAAAUCAAAACGUAUACAAAUGGAAAGAAAAAAGGAUUAAUAAUUAAUUUUAAACCUGAGCACAUUCAUAAAUUUAAUACCGAUUUAUAUUAUAUAUCAUCAGCAACUGGAAAACAUAAAAAUUCUGAUUAUGAAAAUAGCCAAAAUACAUAUUUUUCUACAAAUGGCAUUGUUUAUAUUAAUAAGUGUGAGCAUGGAUAUCAUUUUUCUUGUUCUCAAAAGUGUUAUCUAUGUGAUGAUUUUAAAAAAUAA